AUGCCAACAGUCGUUUUGGCUGUCGAGAUAAGAAGAUUUUCGGUGCCAAGGUACGUGGAAAACGGAACGGAGGAUUCUGUGAUUUUAGAUUGUGAAUACGUCUACAAUGAGAACGACAUCAGACUUGUGGUAAAAUGGUUCUUCAAUGAAAACUUGGAGCCCGUAUAUCAAUGGAUACCAGAACUGAAAAUACGGCAUACAUCUGGGAUACUUCAGGAUCGUUUAGAUCUGAAUUUCAGCGUGAACACAGUCGACGCUUAUUCUCGUUAUAGGGCCCUGAAGGUCUUGGAUCCAACAACGGAGCUGAGUGGCAAAUACACUUGUCUCGUGACAUCACUAGCGGGGCAAGACUCCCGGGAACAGAACAUGACAGUUUACGUUCCAGCUAAACAUAUGGAAUUAACAUAUAGCAGAACUGUAAAAAGUAUUAAUGUAAGUUGUCAAGCUUCAGGGAUGUUUCCGAAGCCCAAGUUGCUUUUGUAUAAGAUGCCUCCAUAUUUAAGUAGUCCUGCUGUGGUUCAAGACGUCAGGACGGCAGUCAGCAUGGACAAUGUCACAUAUGAUGUGCAACUUCAUCGAAGUUUCGGUUAUACAGAAUUAUCGAUAGACGAUGCAACUACAUUCGAAUGUGUGGUCGAGAUACCAGGAACGAAUUACAACAAAAGAAAAUCUAUUGUAUAUUACACCAUUUUGGCUGUCGAGAUAAGAAGAUUUUCGGUGCCAAGGUACGUGGAAAACGGAACGGAGGAUUCUGUGAUUUUAGAUUGUGAAUACGUCUACAAUGAGAACGACAUCAGACUUGUGGUAAAAUGGUUCUUCAAUGAAAACUUGGAGCCCGUAUAUCAAUGGAUACCAGAACUGAAAAUACGGCAUACAUCUGGGAUACUUCAGGAUCGUUUAGAUCUGAAUUUCAGCGUGAACACAGUCGACGCUUAUUCUCGUUAUAGGGCCCUGAAGGUCUUGGAUCCAACAACGGAGCUGAGUGGCAAAUACACUUGUCUCGUGACAUCACUAGCGGGGCAAGACUCCCGGGAACAGAACAUGACAGUUUACGUUCCAGCUAAACAUAUGGAAUUAACAUAUAGCAGAACUGUAAAAAGUAUUAAUGUAAGUUGUCAAGCUUCAGGGAUGUUUCCGAAGCCCAAGUUGCUUUUGUAUAAGAUGCCUCCAUAUUUAAGUAGUCCUGCUGUGGUUCAAGACGUCAGGACGGCAGUCAGCAUGGACAAUGUCACAUAUGAUGUGCAACUUCAUCGAAGUUUCGGUUAUACAGAAUUAUCGAUAGACGAUGCAACUACAUUCGAAUGUGUGGUCGAGAUACCAGGAACGAAUUACAACAAAAGAAAAUCUAUUGUAUAUUACACCAAUUUAAGUAACAAGUCAUAUAGGAACGAAGCUUGGUAUAUUAGACAUAUUUCCCUAAUGACGUUAUUAACUGCAGGAGCUCUCAGCAAUAAGAUACUCUGACUUUGUGUAAAAAACGAUGAAGAUUUUUCUUCUUAGGAUAUGGAUUCUAUGACAGAUUUGGUCAGAAUAUCGUGAAGGAAAAAAAUAAAAUAAA